UUGUCUCAGUAGAGGAUUGGCUUUCGUGUCAAUGCUGUAAACGUGAAAUGAACUUCUUAGUUUGGAUUUUUGUGGUGGCGGCCUUAACAGCCGAUGCUGCGACCGCCUGGAGAUACAGGAGAGCCGCUCAAAACGAAUAUAAAAUGUGUGUACCAAAUCAUUUUAUUGAGUUAUGUAAGGAAAUGGUUAAAUCAGACACAAAAAGUUCAGCCAAAAUUGUUUGCAUCCCUGCAAGAGACAGGAUCGAAUGUAUAGAUAAAAUAAAGGAAAGAUUGGCGGAUUUUGGUGCCUUUGAUCCCGAAGAUAUGUACGUAGCAUCAAAAGUGGAAAAUCAGGAUUUUGCUGUUUUCGAACAAAUAAGAACAAGAGAAGAGCCCGAAGCCGAGUUCAGAUACGAAGCAGUAGCCAUCAUUCAUAAGGAUCUAAAAUUAGACAGUCUCAAGGACUUGAAAGGACUCAACUCAUGUCAUACAGGCGUGGGACGUAAUGUGGGCUAUAAAGUCCCGCUGACCAAGUUAAAGAACAUGGGAAUUAUAGGUCAAUUAAACGAACCAGAUUUAUCCCCGAGAGAAAAUGAGCUUAAAGCUUUUUCAACGCUUUUUAAUAAGGCUUGCAUCGUCGGAAAAUGGUCACCUGAUCCAAAAAUCAACUUAAGAUUAAAGAAAACUUAUCCAAAUCUGUGUGCUCUUUGUGAACAUCCUGAUAUUUGCGAUUACCCUGAUAAUUUCUCUGGAUACGAUGGUGCUCUACGUUGUCUUGCUCAUAAUGGUGGACAAGUGGCUUGGACUAAAGUGAUUUAUGUUCGCAAAUUUUUCGGUCUUCCUGUAGGAGUAACCCCAACUCAAAAAACCAACGAAAACCCAGAAGACUAUCGCUACCUUUGUCCUGAUGGUACUCGCGUACCGGUCACAGGCAAUCCAUGCAAAUGGGCAGCACGCCCAUGGCAAGGAUAUAUGGCUAAUUCUGCCGUCGUAAAAACCAUCGAUGAGCUACGAAAAAAAAUCGAAAACCUAGGUUCUGUUGGCAGCCAAAACCAUUACAAGUGGUUGGAAAAAAUCCUUGAAUUAAGCGACAAAACUUUGCCUAAAGAAAGCAAGGUGAUUGGACCUGGGGAUUAUUUGGAUAAAGCUAACUAUACCGAUGUUUUGGAAAGGGAUUAUGGUCCUCCUUUUAAAACUAUAAGAUUCUGUGUUACUUCAGAUCGGGAAUUAAAUAAAUGCAAAGCUUUCAGUAAGGCAGCGUUUUCAAGAAACGUUCGUCCACGCUUCGACUGCGUGGAAGAAAAAGACGUGUUUGAUUGCCUUAAAACAAUCCGCGAUAAUGGUGCCGAUAUAAUCACUUUGGAUGGCGGAUUGGUUGCUAAAGCUCAAGCUGAGUAUAAUUUGAAACCCAUUGUGGCUGAACAGUAUGGACCUCUCGGUGGUUCUUACUAUGCCGUGGCGGUAGUUAAACGAAAUUCUUCUUACAAGAGUUUCGCUGAUCUUAAAGGAGCAAAAUCUUGUCACACGGGUCUGGGUCGUACUGCUGGAUAUAACGCACCUUUGUACACCUUACUUAAACUAAAUUUAAUCAAAAAUGAUGAAUGUCCUUAUCCCAAAGCACUUUCCGAUUAUUUCAGUGGUGGUAGUUGCUUACCAGGAUCUAAAGAUCCAAGAUUUAAACUGCCGGGAGAUGUAUCAGAAAAAUUGUGCACGUUGUGUGGUGGAGACGUAGAUAAAAAAGAUAUUAAAAAAAAAUGUAACUUUGAUCAAUCUGAGAGUUACAGCGGUUACACUGGGGCCUUUAGAUGUUUGGUGGAAAGUGGAGGAGAUGUUGCUUUCGUUAAACAUGUUACAGUCCCAGGAAACACAAAUGGAAAAGUCAGUGACAGUUGGGCAGCAAAUUUGAAAUCUUCCGACUAUGAGCUGCUUUGUCCGGAUGGUGGAAGAGCAUCUGUUGAGGACUACGAAAAAUGCAAUUUAGUUGAAGCACCACCUCACAUGGUCGUUACUGGUAAUUCAAAAUCUGAUUCCGACAUCGAUGAAAUUAGAAAUGCUUUAAUUUCCGCCAGUAGUUUGUUCGGCGGCAGGCCCGCUUGGUUCAGGCUUUUCGGCGACUUCGACGGCAAGAAGGACUUGCUUUUUAAGAAUUCAGCAACUGGUUUAAUUUCAAUUUCAAAGGAGUCUGAGAUCCAGAAGUCCUACUCCAAGAUUUUGUCAGUAGUUAAUGGAUGCAACUAGGGAUUAUUUAUAUUUCUUACAUGAAUAAAUACAAAAUAAAUUUGCUAUACUAGGUUCUUGUUAAAAAUAAAAAUUGAAUAACAAUUCACAUUCCUUGUUUCAUUGUUUUUGGAAU